CUUUCAUCGCCAUCAUCCGUGUUGUUGUUCACUCUCUAUUGCUCUAUAACUUCUGUAGUCGCAAAGCAUCCCAAGUCCCUAACUCCCCAAACAAACAUGCCAUCUAAUUGCCUCGCAACCUCUGCCAAGCGUGACAACGACGCGUUAAUCAAUACAACAGAGCUCUUCCACCAACGCCUGCAGACAAGCCCCAAAGAUGACUGGGAGCGCCUAAAGCUUUGCUGGGGCUACAUGGACUGCGGUGAUUGCCACAGAAGUCAAGGUCAUUGCGGAUGGUGCGCAAUUUCUUCAACAUGUCUUCCCCUCCCUCUAGACGAUGCCUUUUCCAGAGCUUUUCCCCUUCUCUCACCUAUCCGCCACCAUUCCAUCUGCGCGCUGGGGUCCGAGCGGUUUGAACUGCGGACUGCGGGGCUGGGGUGUCAGGUUUCUACCAUUACCUUUUUGGCGUCCCUCAUCACGAUUUUCGCGACGCUGUUUGGGGUGCUGGUGCUCUAUGGGGUUUCCAAGUGUGUUGGCUGGGUGGUUACAGGUGUUAAGGCGAGUCGUGGUGGGUAUGUCGUGUUUGAGGAUGGGAGGAGCGGGGUGUGGGUGAGGGAGAGGGAGGGGUGGGAGAAGUGGUGGAGGAGGGUUAGAGGGAAGGAAAGUGAGGGGGAGGUGCAAGAGGUGGAUGAGGGGACGGGACGGAGGGGGUGGUUUUGGUGGAAUGGGAGGAGUGAGGAGAGAAGGCCGUUGCUACAAUGAAGAUGUAUACGGUAUCGUAUGUCCAUCAGGACAUUUUCCUAUGUAUGGAGAAACAGUGGUAAUAUGCCUGGGGUAUCCGUGAAGGUGACGACUGUGCCACACUUUCACUCUAACUCGAAUUCACCUCCGAUAUUUACGUCACUGGAUGCUCUC